AUGGGAGAGGUUGAUUUAGCUUUCAUCCAAGACCCUAAUCACAGGCCUAAACUCUCCAUCACCGAAGCUGAAGGCAUACCCUUGAUUGAGUUUUCACCAAUAAUAAGUACCCCAAACUCCAUUUCUGAUCCUAUAGCCAUUAAAGGGGUUGUAAGAGAAAUAGGCAAUGCAUGUAGGGUCUGGGGCUUCUUCCAAGUGAUCAACCGUGGGGUAUCAUUGGAUAAACUCCUAAAGAUUGAGGCUGUAGCUAGAAAGUUCUUUGCUCUGCCUUUGGAGGAGAAGAGGAAGAUUAUGAGGGAUGAAAAAAACAUAUUGGGUUACUAUGACAGUGAGCAUACCAAGAAUGUCAGAGGCUCGAAGGAGCUGUUUGAUUUCACAGUGAAGGAGCCUACGUUUGUCCCGUCUUCACCUGAUCCUGAAGACAAGGAAGUGAUAGAAUGGUAUAACCAAUGGCCUGCGUAUCUUCCAGAAUUAAGGGUGGAGUGCGAAGAAUAUGGUCGAGAAGUGGAGCAGCUAGCUCUGAAGUUGAUGGGGCUUAUUGCCCUGAGCCUAGGGUUGCCAGAAGACAGGUUCACCAGCUACUUCAAAGAACAAACCAGUUUUAUCAGACUCAACCACUACCCACCUUGCCCUUCCCCUGAGCUUACUCUUGGUGUUGGCCGCCACAAGGAUGGCCGUGCUUUAACUAUGCUGGCUCAAGAUGAUGUUGGCGAAUUGGAAGUGAAGUGA